UUUUUGUUUGUGUGUACACAGCUGGAGUGGGCAACCUGUGGUCACCAGAUGUUGGAAUACAACUUUCAGCAGGCCUUUUCCACAUAGACAGUGGUGAAACAUCUCAUAACAUCUGGAGGAUUUACCCACUCCUGAAUUUAAAAAAAAUGAAUGUCGGGGUUGCCCACAGUGAGGUCAAUCCCAACACAAGGGUAAUGAACAGCCGAGGAAUGUGGCUCACGUACGCCCUUGGAGUUGGCCUCCUUCAUAUUGUCCUACUAAGCAUUCCUUUCUUCAGUGUGCCCAUCGCAUGGACCUUAACCAAUGUUAUUCACAAUUUGGGAAUGUAUGUAUUUUUACAUGCAGUAAAAGGAACUCCUUUUGAAACGCCUGACCAAGGUAAAGCAAGGUUGCUGACCCACUGGGAGCAGCUGGACUAUGGCGUGCAGUUUACGUCUUCACGAAAAUUCUUCACAAUAUCUCCAAUAAUUCUGUAUUUCCUGGCAAGCUUCUACACAAAAUAUGAUCCAACCCACUUCAUCUUGAAUACAGCUUCUCUCUUGAGUGUGCUUAUUCCUAAGUUGCCACAACUUCAUGGAGUCAGAAUUUUUGGAAUCAACAAAUAUUAAACAAGAUACCUGAAACUGAGAGCGUCUGGACCAAAACGGGGCGUAACUGCCUUUUUCCUUGGUGGAAGGAAGAAUUUGUGAUGCCACUUACCUAGUGGCCUGCAGUGUGACUUUCUACUCCUAAGACGUAAAUGCUUUUCUUUCAAAGCUGUGUAGGAGAGAAACAGACUUUCUGAAGAUGUAUUAAAACUUGAGCAGUAUAUCUUUGGACAGCUAGCUUCAGGAGCUGGGCAGGCCUAGCACUGUUAGAGUAGUGCUAACACACAAGCUGCAGAAAGGGUAUGAGUACUUUGGGGAAAAAAUCAGUGUGAUGUUUCAGAAACAAGUCUGUUAUGGUAAUGCAGAGUGCAUUAAUUGGAGAGGUUGAUAUAGUUUAACUGCUGUAAAGUAGCCAGUUAUUGCUUCUUGAGUGAUUCUCUUUUUGCUGUUUCCUGAUCUGGGAUUUUUUGUCUAUCAGCGGGUGGUGCCAGGUUAAUAUUAAGCUAGCAAAUUGCUGUGACUAAGUUGUAAUGGAUUCAACGCCUUAUCUAUCCAUGUGACCUUUAAUCAUAAUGACUUCUCCCGUUUUAGAUAUCAGACCUCAGGGGGAUGAUGCAUCAACCUCAAAGUUUGUUUUUUGUAUGAAUUUGAACUGAUCAACAUUGUUUUGCUGAUUUUCCAUCCUUGUAGAAUAUCUGAGAUCUGUGUGUAUGCUUCUCUCUCUCUUUAUAAGUGUAGAGUUGGGCUCUUUUUUGUGUUAGCAAUCUUUAAAUAUCUGGGCUCGUAAGGGAAAACAUUGCGUAAGCCAACGCAAACUGCUAAAUCUGGUUGUAUAGCUAGAUUGCUUGUAGAAAGAAAUCUAGUAUUUCUGUUAGUGGGAAUAUUUUCUGCAGUGGCAAAUGUUACACUACUGAGAAUUCUCAAGUAACAGGUACCUCAAACCACAAGUUCAGUUUGAUAUGUGGAAUCUCAUAAGAUUUCUGCAUUUGAGCUUAAAGAACUUGAUUGGUUUCUUUCCUCUUGUACUUUGUAUCCAAUGUUGAGAAUUUUUCAGCAGUUAAUUAAGUGUGCCUGAUAAGACUUUAGUUUAAAUUUUAUGUAUCUGUCAAAUGUUCUACCUUUAGAGGUAGCUUUAAAGUCCUGGAUUUUUAGUGUUGAGUGCUACAACCACACCAGGCAUUGGCAUGCAGAGAAACACUGUAAUGCAGUGACUGCCAGAUGUUCUCUGUAUAUAUAACUGUAGGGAGAACCACGUGUCCCUGUUGAACUGGCUGUGACAUGCUAGUAAUGAGAUAUACCUUCCUGUCUUUAAGAUUGCCUCAUCACGAUGGCCUAACUAGUCUUGCUUCUGUGCCACAGGGACUCUUGAGAUCCAGUCCACAGGGAUUAUGGCCUGCGAAAAAUACAGUAAUCGGCUACUUUCAGGAAGUUAUACUUCCUUUCUUACUCUUGCUUUCUGAAAAGGUAUUUUGAAGAAAAUGUUUAUUCGAGUAACUGACUUGGAGACUGAUGGUAUGAAUAUAGUACACUGUAAGUGCAGUUCCUUGUAGCAAAAUAUUGUAAGCAUAACAGACUGCUGUUGUGCUUUCAAGGGGGGGGGGUUAAAUAGAAUAAUAGAUACAAUGUCGGGCUAGUGUUAAAACACUAAGCCAGAUGAGCAGAAGAGAAUAAGGAGCGUUUUCAACAACUGUAUAAGAUGCCGAUGUGGUUUUUUUUUUCUGUUUGUCUUGACGUUUCCCUCCGAAGUCUGGUCUAUUCCAAUUAAAAUAAUUUGUCCUGA